AUGGCUCUCCAAGCACUUCGCGAUGAACUGGUUUACUACUAUGGAUACUCUCAAGGUCGUGGCUUCUCCAUUGGUGACCUCUUAUCAAGAACAUCCGCCAAACUCCUUUCCCAAGUGUCAUCCCUUAUGACCAUACCACUCCCCUUGCUCUCUUUCCUUGCUGUACCCUUCUUCGGCUCCUCGUCGACCACCAUCAGCCUUGCUUUCUUCCUCCUGACCUGGGUGACUCUGAUCAUCUUCUUCGUACUCCCCAGCUUGGCCGUCUUGGGCUUCGACUCUCUCAUACCGAGUCUCUCCGCCAGCAUAAAAUCUCGUGGUGUUGCUCAGCUGCCAACUCAACUCAGCUCGCGAAGAUUGAGGAACGUAAUUUUUGUAUCUAUCUUCAAUGUCGCAUUCUCAGUUCUGAUCCAGGGACUGUGCGAGUUUGUGCUUACUGAAAUACUCAACACGCGAUCUGCGAUUCGUGUGAGCAAGAUUCCCCCUGCUCCCUGGCCGACCAUGGUCAAGGAAGUGCUGUACGGACUCGGGUGUCGCGGAUUCCUGCAUUACUUCAUACAUCGCGAUGUCCUGCACGCUUCUCCAAGACAUUCGGUCUUGGCUCGCUGGCAUGCCGACUGGGCCCACAGCUUGAGACAUCCUUUUUCCCUCGCAUCUACUUACGAUCAUCCUGUUUGCCAUUUGCUCACUGACUGGGCACCUUUAUAUCUGACGACGCUCUUCUUCCGCUUUCAUGUCUUGACGUGGUAUAUUCUGACUGCCAUUGUCAGUCUCGAACAAUUCUUCAUCUACUCUGGCUACUCGGUGCUACCAUCGCAGAUUCUGCUAGCUGGAAUGGCCAGAAGAACCGAUUCUCACUAUGCUACUGGUGGUAAAGGCAACUAUGGCAAUUGGGGUGUCCUCGACUGGAUCUUUGGCACUGGCUGUCCUGGUGAUGCUGAUGUCGUUGAUGACGUGCAAGAUGAGGUUGACAAGAGAGGUGUGAGAGAACGUACUGCGAACAUGAUCGGGAAUGCAGGAGAAAGACUCAGAGAGGGCAACGAUAGCUCACAAAGAAACUCCUCCCAAGCGCGGAGAAGGAGCAAGAGACAGGCAGCAUGA